UCAAAGUAAUCAACUUAUAUCCUUUUCUUUAUAUGUCAAGGAAUACAAUAUUGUACUUUUAUAUGUAAAUGAUUUAUAAUUCGAUGUAGAAGUCAAUUUGAUAAGCUAAGCUAACAUAAGGGAAAAGUUUAUGUAAUAAGCUUGUAAAAACUUUAAAAGAUGGCUAAAGAAAUCACACCUUUGCAGUUGUUUACGAGUUAUAAAAAGUGGGUUGUUAAUAAUCCAGGAAUUGUAACAGAUUUGGAAACUGUAACAACGUGGUCAUCAUACUUUAUUGCUGGGAAAAUAAAUAAAUCACCGAUUGUAUCAGAACUUGUGUACACUGUUUCUAAACUUAUAUCGUUGUUUAACGAUAGAGUCAUUAGAGAGGCAUAUGAUGGUGAAUUUCAGCAUUAUGGAUUUAGAGAUCAGGUGAAGCUUUGGCUAACUAUUGUUCAUUAUUGUGAAGUAUUCAUUGAGCUCACUGUCAAGAACAAAUGGGGUAAUCGUGGGAAGUGGGUAGCUACAACACUGAUUCAAACUUUCAAGUGUGGCUCAGCCUUAAUUCUCUUGUAUCGAUUUAAAGAAUUACCAAUUCAACAUCCUCCAAUACCAGCUUUACAACGAAAAAAAUUCACUGAAGAAAGAGAAUCAGAUGAUAAUGCAAAUUCUUAUUUUACACUUAAAAGAUCCGGACGUGUUCUUAGACGGGUUGAUGGUGCCCCACCUAUCGCCUUACGUGACUGGCAACGUGUUAAAAUCAAGGAUAAUAAAACAACCAACACAGAAAUAAAAGAUUUGGUUCAUGCGGAAUUGUUGUAUAUUUUGAGACCUAUGGUACAUCUUGCUGCAAUGCGUGCAUUUGGGACAACAGCUUGGAAACAAUGGCUAGUAGCACUUGGAUUAGACUUAGCAAGUUUCAAACUUUAUAACCGCCAUAUGAAGGAGUUGACUUAUGAGCAACGAAUAGAAAUAAGCCGUAGAAAAUUGGGUUUUAUACUUUACUUGUUAAGAAGUCCCAUGUACAAUGGUUAUUCUAAAAAUGUAAUAGAAAACGUUCUCACUUCUAUGUCAAAUAAAAUUCCAGCCAUGUCAUUUGUUUGUGAUCCUAUUAUUCGAUACUUAAGUCACUGGCAAGAUAUUUACUCUUAUAUGUGGGCAUCAUAAUUAUUUAAUGUUAUGAAUGUAAUAAGACUUCUUAAUAUGUUGAUUCAUUGAUUGUUAAGGAUUUUGCUGAUGUUGUUUUGCAUGUUUUUGUAAAAGUCAAAAAACCUGAUAAAAGUGUAAUUAGUUUUGUAAUAAUAUAGCUAAAAUAGUUAUAUUGCAUUUCUUAAAACUCCGUACAAUUUAGUAUUACCUCAAUUUCAAUUGCUACAUCUGUUGGUAUACACCAAAGCUCUUUGGCAAAGUAAUAAAGAUUUAAAUAUCAAAUGAUCUUUUAAAGAAAUUACAUAAUUGUAAAAAAAUUGUAAAGUGUAAUGUUCAACAAUCAACAAGUUUCCAUUAUACAAAUUUUUGGUUUAAGGUAAAAUAAUUAUAGGUAAUAUUUCAUAAGUAUUGUAUGUUUUCUACCAAAUUUUUUAACAAUACGUACUAUUUUAAGUAUUAAUUUAACAUUUGAUGGGCUAAGGAUAAGGAAAGGAAUUUGUUAAUGUAAUAUUUUAUUGGUGGAAAAAUAUUGAAUAUUGGGAUUUUUUAUUGCA